AUGGCCGGCAGGGCCCGCGGUGGCGGCGGCGAGGCGCUGCGGGUGGUGGCGCGGUGCCGGCCGCUGAGCCGGCGGGAGGAGGCGGCGGGCUGCGAGCGCAUCGUGGAGCUGGAGGCCGGGCUGGGCCGCGUGAGCAUCCGCAACCCCCGCGCGGCGCCCGGCGAGCCGCCCAAGACCUUCACGUUCGACGCCGUCUACGACGCCGGGUCGCGGCAGGCCGAGCUGUACGACGAGAGCGUGCGGCCGCUGGUGGACGCGGUGCUGCGGGGCUUCAACGGCACCGUGCUGGCCUACGGGCAGACGGGCACCGGCAAGACCUACACCAUGCAGGGCUCGUGGGCCGAGCCGGAGAAGCGCGGCGUCAUCCCCAGCGCCUUCGAGCACAUCUUCACGCACAUCUCGCGCUCGCAGAACCAGCAGUACCUGGUGCGCGCCUCCUACCUGGAGAUCUACCAGGAGGAGAUCCGCGACCUGCUGGCCAAGGACCCCGGCAAGAAGCUGGAGCUGAAGGAGAGCCCCGAGACGGGGGUGUACAUCAAGGACCUCUCCUCCUUCGUCACCAAGAACGUCAAGGAGAUCGAGCACGUGAUGAACCUGGGCAGCCAGGCGCGCGCCGUGGGCAGCACCAACAUGAACGAGUACAGCUCGCGCUCCCACGCCAUCUUCCUCAUCACCGUCGAGUGCAGCGAGACGGGGCCCGACGGCGAGGAGCACAUCCGCGUGGGCAAGCUCAACCUGGUGGACCUGGCCGGCAGCGAGCGCCAGGGCAAAAUGGGCGCCCACGGCGAGCGCCCCAAGGAGGCGUCCAAGAUCAACCUCUCCCUCUCCGCCCUGGGCAACGUCAUCUCCGCCCUCGUGGACGGCCGGAGCACGCACAUCCCCUACAGGGACUCCAAGCUCACCCGCCUGCUGCAGGACUCCCUGGGGGGCAACGCCAAGACCAUCAUGGUGGCCACCCUGGGCCCGGCCUCCCACAGCUACGACGAGAGCCUCUCCACCCUCAGGUUCGCCAACAGGGCCAAGAACAUCAAGAACAAGCCCCGGGUGAACGAGGACCCCAAGGACACGUUGCUGCGGGAGUUUCAGGAGGAGAUCGUCCGGCUGAAGGCCCAGCUGGAGAAACGCGGCAUGCUUGGCAAGAAGCGGAGAAGGAGCAGUCGGAGGAAGAAGGCGGUGGACGGAGAAAGCGCCACGGAGAACGAAGGGGAGGACGACAACGAGGACGGCCUGGAGAAGAACAUGGAGAACUACCUGAAGGAGCAGAAGGAGAGGCUGGAAGAGGAGAAGGCCGCUAUCCAGGACGACCACAGCCUGGUGAGCGAGGAGAAGCAGAAGGUGCUGGAGGAGAAGGAGAAGAUGAUAGAGGACCUGCGGAAGGAGCAGGAGGCCACGGAGCUGCUGGCCACCAAGUACAAGGCCAUGGAGAGCAAGCUGCUGAUCGGCGGCAGGACCAUCAUGGACCACACCAACGAGCAGCAGAAGAUGCUGGAGCUGAAGCGGCAGGAGAUAGCCGAGCAGAAACGCCGCGAGAGGGAGAUGCAGCAGGAGAUGCUGCUGCGGGACGAGGAGACCAUGGAGCUGCGGGAGACGUACACGUCGCUGCAGCAGGAGGUGGAGAUCAAAACCAAGAAGCUGAAGAAGCUGUACGCCAAGCUGCAGGCGGUGAAGGCGGAGAUCCAGGACCAGCACGACGAGUACAUCCGCGUGCGGCAGGACCUGGAGGAGGCGCAGAACGAGCAGACGCGGGAGCUGAAGCUCAAGUACCUGAUCAUCGAGAACUUCAUCCCGCCGGAGGAGAAGAACAAGAUCGUGAACCGCCUGUACUUCGACUGCGAGGAGGACCAGUGGAAGUUCCAGCCGCUGGUGCCGGCCGGCGGAAGCAGCAGCCAGAUGAAGAAGAGGCCCACCUCUGCCGUGGGGUACAAGAGACCCAUCAGCCAGUACGCCCGCGUGGCCAUGGCCAUGGGCUCUCAUCCGCGGUACCGGGCUGAGAACAUCAUGUUCUUGGAGCUGGACCUCUCCCCUCCGGCCGUGUUUGAGUUUGAGCGGAGCAGGGACCCGGCCGAGCAGGACCCGCGGGCUCUGCACCUGGAGAGGCUGAUGCACCUCGACAGCCUCCUGGAGCGGCCGGCGGCCUCCCGGGUGAGGAAGUCCCGCUCCUGGUGCCAGACGCCGCGGUCGCUGCCGUCCUCCACCACGCACGUCGCCCUCGCCGCCGGUUCCCCGCGCGCCUCCACGACGCCGGCGCAGGAGUGACCGCCCCGACCGCC